GCCUUCGCUGUUGAACUCGGCUAAUCAUUGGAUAACAGACUAAGGCAGUCUUCCACGGAAGUUAUGCAAUCUGCUAUAUGUCAGAAGAGCUAGCUUUAUGCAGAGAUUGCUGUGCUCAACGGUCCCCAUAACACUAAAUAGUCAACGGAGAUAUAAAGAGAGACUUUGCUGUGAAAUGCACGAUAUAACCGACGUAUCUCUGAGCAAGCAGCACAGCUCAACUCAAAUUUAAACGGGUUAACAGCUACAACAAUGCGCGUGUCCUUAGUUUGCUUCGCCAAGCCUGUCCUUCAUGGAUACUUCAGAAGUUCCUGCUCCUGGAGGGUCCGCAUUGCUUUUGCGCUCAAAGGUAUCGAAUAUGACCAGGUUCCUGUCAAUCUAAUCAAAGAUGGAGGUCAGCAGCUUACUGAACAGUACAAGGCACUGAACCCCAUGCAACAAGUGCCUGCAGUUGAAAUUGAUGGCAUCACCCUUUCUCAGUCACUGGCAGUGAUCCAGUACAUCGAUGAGACCAGGCCGGGGCCUCGGCUUCUCCCGGCAGACCCGAAGAAACGUGCCCAGGUUCGGAUGAUAAGCGAUGUCAUUGCCUCAGGGAUUCAGCCUCUGCAGAAUUUGUACGUGAUUCAGAAGAUUGGAGCAGAAAAGAUGCAGUGGGCUCAGCAUUUCAUUGAUCGUGGCUUUCAAGCUUUAGAGCCCAUUCUGAAGCAAACAGCAGGGAAAUAUUGCGUAGGUGAUGAGAUAUCCAUGGCAGACAUCUGUCUGGUCCCACAAGUCUACAAUGCAGAGAGGUUCAAAGUGGACGUCGGGCAGUACCCAACUAUCAAAAGGCUAAAUCAAACCUUAUUGGAAAUUGAAGCUUUCAAAGUGAGCAGCCCGUCUUGCCAGCCAGACACACCUGCUGAUCUGCGUGCAUAAAACAACUCAGCAGCCUCAGAGACAGCCAAGCAGCUUUGUACAUUAAAUAAAAAUGCUUUGACAAUAA